AUGCUUCCUCUUUUACCGUUCCUCAUCGGAGGACUGAAUAUUGCAUCAUCUUUUCUUCCUGGAGCACCACCUCCACCAGUUCAAGCACCUCUUCCACCUCCUCCUCCACCCGAAAUCAUCUAUGUAACUGAGCAACCGAAUGCGAAAGAAACUAAAACAAUUUACAUAACUCAUCCUCCACAAACAACAACUGAAGAAUCCCUUACGAAAUACUCGAUUAUUCUACUUGUAUUAAUUGCAGCCAUGUGUAUGUGCUCACUCGCUGGUGGAAUCGGAUUCUGGUUUUAUCAGAAUCAGAGAAUGGAAAAAGAGAAAAGAGAUAACGAAAUGAGAGGAGGAAGAGGAGGAUUCUAUGAUGAAGAUUAUAUGGAAUCAGGUGGAAGACGUGGUGGAAGAAGAGGAAGACGUGGAAGGAGAACGACGUCUUCUGGGGGAGGGAGAAGCACUACUCGGACGAAAACAACGAAUACUGGAAGAACCAAGACGAGAUAUUGA